GUCCUCGUCCAAGUAAUCUAUCUCUCCAACGACGCCGGCCUUCGCCUCUUCGUAGAAGAGUCUAUAAAGUUCGAACGUGAAGACUUAGUCACUCUUCCUCUUGGUACACCUUUCCCAACGUUUGCGGCGAUCGGUCGCAUUGUACAGGUCGGCGGUAACGAGAAGAACGGACCACAUAAAGUUGGCAAUAUUGUUGAGGUAGCUUAUCCUUACUGGGCAGAUUACGUUGUUGCGAAGAAAGACAAAGCAAAACUGAGAAAGGAAAUACCUGGUAUCAGCAUAAGUGCUUAUCUAGGUAACCUUGGAUUUUCUGGUGCAACUGCAUACUGGACAUUGAAAGGUGUGCUGAAGCCGAAGGAGACCGACACGCUUGUUGUAAGUGCAGCUGCAGGAGCCGUCGGAAAUGUGGCUGUUCAAUUUGCAAAAAAAGUCAUGGGGGUUAAGCGUGUCGUUGGAAUUGCUGGCACAGACGAGAAGUGCAAGUGGUUGAAGAGUAUCGGAGCGGACGAAGCAGUCAAUUACAAAAGUCCGACGUUUGCUGAAGACCUGAAGAAUGCAACACCCGAUAAGGUUGACUCAUUCUUCGAUAUCGUUGGCGGGUCCGUGCUAGAUGAGGUGAUGAAGCGCAUGAAGCCUCACGGAGUCAUAUGUGCAGUCGGACUCAUGGCUCAUAUGAAAGAUGCACAGGAACCGACGAUUUUGCGCAACUAUGGGCAAAUACUCAUCAACAGACUGUCUCUAAAGGGUUUCGUGCUCUAUGAUUACGCCGACCGCCUCAACGAAGCUGAAGAAGCGCUUACUUCGGCAGCGGUCGCAGGGAAGCUUGUGCUGCAUGGUGCAGAAACUGUUGUCGAUGUCCACGGGAAAGUCGAGGAGAUACCAAGAGUCUGGAACGGAUUAUUCACGGGCGCGAACACUGGAAAGCUGAUUACGAAGUUGGCGGACUGA